CAGGAUCUGGUCUUCUGUGGACCAGCCCGAGGAAUCUUCAACAUUUCAUUGAUAUUCAUCUGGAGAACACAGUCAGAGAGACAGCAACAAUACGAAAACAACAGAGAGAUGGCAAACUCAAAAUCAACAAGCUGGUACCAACCAAUGGAUAUAGACGAGUCAAAUGAGACUCUGGAGGAGAUCAUCAGCAGGUAUUGUCGCUGGCCAAGCCAAGACAAACCUCAUCCUCAAUCCAAUCAGAGGCGCCUACCACAACGACAGGAGAGGUAUCCUGCUGCCAAGAGCCAGGUCCAGGAGCUGCAGGAGAGGCUGGAGGAGGAGCGACAACAGAGACUCCAGUGUGAAAAGGAGAACAGGUGUUUAAAAGAACUUAAACACCUGAAGCCCUCCUUUCAGCCUCAGAACCUCACCUAUUAUGUGCAGCACACCACAGGGAAGUUCACUGGCAUAAUAAAAGACCUGAACCAGAAGCUCACAGCCAAGGAGGAGGCCAAUGAGUCCCUCAAAAAGGAGGUGGAGGACCUGAAGAAAUGGCUGGCAGAAGCCAGGUCCAGUCACACUGAGCUGUCCUCCAAAUUGAUAUCCCAGAAUGAGGACAGUGACAGGCUCAAGAAGGAGGUGGACCAGCUCACUAAGGACAAGGAACACCAAACCUGGUGGAUUGACCGCCUCAUGAAUGAGCUGGAUGAGGUCAGGGGGCAGCUUUGGGAGCUGGAGGCCUUAGACCUCAAGGAACAGGUGGACAAGCUCACCAAGGAGAAGGCAAGCCUAACCCGAUGGAGUGACCGCCUCAUGAAAGAGCUGGACGAGGUCAGCGACCCGCUUUGGGAGCUGGAGGCCUUAGACACCAAGGAGGAGGUGGAGGACCUGAAGAAAAGGCUGGCAGAAGCCAAGACCAGCCACACUGAGCUGUCCUCCAAAUUAAAAUCACAAAAGGACGACAGUGACAGGCUCAGGGAGGAGGUGGACCAGCUCACCAAGGAGAAGGAAACCCAAACCUUGUGGAGUGACCUCCUUCUGAAAGAGCUGGAAGAGGUCCGGGAGCAGCUUUGGGUGAUGAAGCUCCCCAACCAUCAAGCUGUCAAGGAGGAGACUGAUCUGGCCCAACUAAUGAAGAACCUGUCCCUCCAAGACAACUCAGGGCCCUCCCUUCCUAGCAAUGAGACUUGGGUUAAAGAACUUAUCAAGAUCUCUCCCUGGAGAACGCCCCCCUAAACAGCUGCUGCCCCCCCUCCGUGGGUUUUUCUCCGGGUAGCUCCGGUUUUAUCCCACACAAAAAAUUAGAAUAAAUUUGUGAAAACUA